AUGUCUCGUAAAUACGCUGACCCUCUUCGAAACUUUCUACACUUUCUAGAAAAUCCCCAGUACCCGUCUGUCGCUCCUCAUCUGCACUUUAUAGGUUUUUUCGGCUUGUGGCAUCCAACUACAUCGAAACCCUCGAUAUUCAAGAGGUUUCUCUUCUACCUCAUCGUUUCUUUCUUCUUCAGUCAAUAUAUCAAAAGCUUCAUCCAUUUCGAUUAUACUUCGUUAAAAUUGAUUCUUCAAUACGCACCUUGGCAUAUCGGCAUAGUCAAAAGCUGUUUCUUUCAAAAAGACCACAGUCGUUGGGAGAAACUUAUCAACUACAUCUCCAGAACAGAACGAGAACAAUUGGCUAAAAAUGACGAUUCAUUGGACAAAAUAAUCAACAAAUAUAUUGGUCGUAACAGGAGAAUCACUUACUUCUUUUGGACGAUGGCUUUCUUUUCCAAUAUCAGCAUCUUUACGGAACCUUAUCAGAAGAACAAUAUAGUUGAGAAUGGAACCAGUACCUAUCUGUACAUGUUUGACGGUUACACUCCCUUUGAGAAAGAACCUCCAGGCUAUUACGUGUCAAUGUUGAUCCAAACUAUACUGGGGAAUAUUUUGAGUGCAUACAUCGUUGGUUGGGAUACGUUGGCUUUCUCUUUGUUGAUAUUUUACGCGGGACAACUGAGGGUUGCCCGUGUCUAUUGUGUGAGACUGAUUGAACGUGGGAAUAAGGAGAAGAGUCAUCAGAACAUCGCUAGCUUUCAUCGGUUCUACGCUACUUUGCUCAAGUACCAAAAACUGUUCAAUAAUCUAAUUUCGCCAGUAAUGUUCUCGUAUGUGGUUAUUAUAUCGGUGAAUCUUGGAGUUUGUAUUAUCGAAAUUGUACAGAUAAACAAUGAUUUCAGGACCCUAAUAUCAGGCAUUGUUUACAUGGGAGCUUGUCUGGUGCAACUUCUUAUAUUUUAUUGGCACAGCAACGAUGUUACUGUUGAGAGUACAAAGGUGAGCUACGCAACAUUUGAGUGUAAUUGGAUCGGCGCGGACAGGGAGCUGCAGCGGGAGGUGGCGCUGAUCGGCGUCACCACCACCAAGAGACUGGCCUUCGACGCGGGGCCCUUCAACGAGAUGUCCCUCCCUACCUUUCUGGGGAUCCUCCGAGGCAGUUACAGCUUCUUCACCUUAUUGAACGGAACCAACUAA